AUGUCCAUACCCCUCGUGUCCAAUUCAUACCUGGAUGAGACCUCGGCAAAGAUAAGAUCCAAGCCGGUCCCGUGGGAGGGAUACCAGCGCGCGGGUCUGAUCACUGGAGAGGAGCUGGCCCUCAUCAAGAGAGUAGACCGCCAGCCGCGGGCGAAGAUUGACUCCAUACUUUUGUCAGAUGGACAGUCAUAUGCGCUUUUGUAUCUGCGCCUAUUGAAGAAGCUGCAAAGGGUCGAUACUCAGCAGUGCAUUUUGGUGCUGAUCGCGGACGCUAUCGCUGAUCACGAGGAACGCAUACCUCUCUUUAUAAGGUCGCAGGAGCAUGAUUCCGACCUUCCGUUUGGUCCUUUGCUGCGAAUGCUGGAAUCUCAAGAUGAUUUCAUACAACUCAAGGCAGUACAAAUACUGACCAUCCUUCUGAGCUUUGAUUCUUCGCCCCUCCGUCCACAACAACUGCAACCGUUCCUCAGCACCCUGGCUGCGUUCAUCUCCAAUACUUCCCCUCAUAAGCGCGACAUCGCUGUACAAUGUCUAGAAGCUGUUCUACCUCGUCCCGAAUAUCGCAAAGCAGCUUGGGCAAUUUCUCCGUUAAUUUCGGGGCUCGUGGAUAUAUUGAAAUAUAACCCAGGACCACAAAUGAGCUAUCAAGUUGGCUUCUGCAUAUGGUUACUCACCUUCGAAGAGGAGGUUGCACAGGAAAUCAAUAAGAAGUUCGACGUUGUGCCUAUCUUGACAAAUGUUGCGCAAAAUGCAGUGAAGGAGAAAGUCAUCCGUGUCGUCGUUGCUUCUUUCCGAAAUCUGGUGUCACAAGCACCCUCGGCCAACCUUCCUGCUAUGCUUGUUGCCCAGCUGCUUCCUUUCGUUAAGAAUCUCUGCACGCGGAAGUGGUCAGACGAGGACAUCAUUGAGGACGUGCAAUACCUUCGUGACGAACUAAAUGCACGUUUCCAGAGCAUGACGACAUACGACGAAUAUAGCUCUGAACUCAUCUCUGGACACCUGUCGUGGACCCCAGUGCAUGAGUCUGACCUCUUCUGGAAGGAGAACGCCACAAAGUUGAAUGACAAAGACUAUACGCAGUUAAAACUUUUGAUUCAGCUUUUGAAAGAGUCAGGCGACCCUACUGUCCUAGCUGUCGCAGCACAUGAUAUUGGACAGUACGUCAAGCAUUAUGAGCGCGGAAAGAAGGUGUUCACAGACCUCGGAGGCAAAACUCGGGUCAUGGAACUCAUGACACACGAGAAUCCUGACGUACGCUAUCAGGCUCUGAUAUCAGUACAGCGGCUGGUCAGCCACCCCUGGGCAGCUGUAUAG